AUGUCGGUGAUCGCGCUGGCUAUGUCCUGGCGAAGCGAAAUACAUCCUGAACAACAGGACCCGGAGGGAAAUCCGGUGCAGACAUUGCUGCCUGAUCCUAGAUGGUGCAUUGGCCUGAACGCCACUUCUCUUGCCUUUGGGAUGCUAGGGAAUCUUUUUCUUUUAUUCAAUUUUACACGGACCAUCCGGUAUAUUAUCGCGCUGCCAGCUUCUAUCAUUUCUUGGUCCUUAGCGACCGGCAUUUUGAUCGGACUCACCAGCUCGGUGCAUAUCUAUGCGAGCCCGAUACCGCCAAACCAGACCUACUCGCAGGCAUACUGGUAUGCCGUGAUUGCGGCGAUUCACUAUUUCAUUCUCACCUCUAUCCUCAUGAUUAACAUGCUUGGAUACUUUCUCGGACAUUAUCCUCAAUAUUUUGCCUUAACAGACGGUCAGCGGACCCUGAUUCUCCAGACUACCGCUUUUGGGGUCUGGUUAAUAGUAGGCGCCGCAGUCUUCCACGAGGUCAUGGGCAUAUCCAUUGCGGAGGCGCUGUAUUUCUGCGAUAUUACCAUUCUAACGCUUGGCUUUGGCGACGUCACCCCCAAGACAUCUGUUGGGAGAGGUCUUGUCUUCCCUUACGCUGUGAUUGGAAUAAUCAUCUUGGGUCUGGUAGUGGGGAGUAUCAACAACAUCAUCCGAGACAUACAAGAUACGAACGUCGUGAAAAAGCACAGGGAACGGUGCCGAGAAACGACAAUCAAACACUCUCAAAUGGAAGAAGACCUUCAACUGAGAACCAACACAUCAAGAAUCGCGUAUCGGCCCAAACACACGCGGAAAACACCCAUCAUAAGCAAAGUAACAGCCAUCUACCGCGGCGUGCGCGGUCGGCCAAAGGACAUCGUCAUGAGAGAGGAAAAGGACCGGUUCGACGCUAUGCGCGCCAUCCAGUACGAAAGCGUCGUCUUCCGUCGCUGGUACCGACUCAUCCUCAGUCUCAUUGCAUUCGGCAUCCUGUGGACCUGCGGCGCGGUUGUAUUCUGGGCCUUGGAGGAGCAGUUCACGUACUUUCAGGCCCUGUAUUUUGGUUUCUGUUCUCUGUUGACUAUCGGGUACGGGGACAUCACGCCCACCACCAACGCGGCAAAGCCGUUCUUCGUCGUGUGGUCGCUCAUCGCCAUCCCGACUAUGACUUCGCUCAUCUCGGAGAUGAGCGAUACCGUCGUCGCCGUGUUCAAGCACGCCACCAGCCGAGUCGCAGACUACACCGUCCUGCCCCGGACGGGGAAGUACAAGUCCUUCAUUGCCAGGUUCCCCCCCAUUUCCGCCUACCUCGAGAAACGCGAGCAGAACAAAAGAGUCGCCCAGGGGUUUCAAAUCGGUCCCGAUGACGUAGAGGGGACACAGACCGGCGAGUCCUCAACAAACCCGCAACCGACCGGGCAAGGAGGGGACAAAGAAGAACUGUCGGAUUUCGAGCUAGCCCAGCGUCUCGCGUUCGCUAUCCGUCGGACGACCCGGGAUGCCGUCAAUGGCCAUCCGAAGCGCUACACCUACGAGGAAUGGGUGGAGUUUACGCGAAUGAUCCAAUUCACGGAUCAGAGUCCGGGGGACACGGUAUUGUACGAGGAUGAGUAUGGGAUUCUGAAUUGGGACUGGAUAGGUGAGGAUAGUCCCAUGUUGGCUUCGCAGACGGAGCCGGAGUGGGUUCUUGAUCGGCUGUGCGAGAGUAUGAUCCGGUUUAUCUCCACGCAGGAGCAAAAGAGACGGUCGAGUGAGGAUGUCGAUGAGGAUGAGCCGACGUUGAGAAAGGAAAAGGAUAUAUAA